AUGGUAAAUGACGCACAAGUACAGUCGUCCCCAAACUCUGAUGGUCGAGGCGACGGUCGCACAAAUGAAAAGUGUGAUGUAAACAAGAAUGUUCAAUUAUUGGAAUAUAAGGGAAUCCUCUGGACAUGUGGUCUGAGAGAAAUAUGUUUAACUGCACUGUGGCUUCCAUUAGGUGCUUUAAUAUUUUGUUAUGUGACAGCGGCUAUAUUUCAAGCAGAUGACGUGCACGAAACACAUUGUAGGGUCUACAAUGUAGUGCCAUCAAUAAGUGCGAUUACCGGAGUUAGCCCUCAGAGGUACAUUUGGAGGAUAUGUAUCGCGUUUCAUUUAGGACCAAGGUUGUUGAUAGGUUCUAUAUAUUACAACUAUCAUAAAGUACGUACCGCCUACAUCACUGAGGAGAAGACGCGGGCUCUCGCAAACAAGUUGGGAGAAGCUUGUUACUGGCUUAAUUUUAUAGAGCUCUUCGCACUCACCGGAGUCACUUACAUUUCCAAUAGGGAAAAUUACUUUGUUCACGAAAAAAUAUUUAUAAUAUUCAUGGCAGCGUCACUUGUUCACAUGCUGUGUCGAGCACGGGUAGGGUGCAUCGCAAGCGACAUUGUGGAACCUGUGAGGACUAACAAACUCGUGUGGACGUUAUUCUACGUAGCCAUAGCUGCUACUAUCGGGUUAAUCAUAUUCUUCUUGAGGCAUAGACUGCUCUGUCGGCCUUUAGCGUUUACGUGGUUCUCCAUCUGCGAAUACAUCUUGGCGACGUCAAACAUGGCUUUCCACGCCAUCGUGGUCCGCGACCUGCCACUACACGAGCUCCGUGUGGUUUGUCCUACUAGCAGUAAGACGAACUGA